GUCCACCAAAGCAAAAUCUAGAGGGAAUGUUUCGAAUCAUAACACUUGGUUUAUUUGACUAAUUAAAGAGUUAUGAUACAGAAUAAUGAAAAAGAAGCUACUUCGGAAAAUGCCAUUCAAUUCGACGCAUUGGAACAAGUGUUGCAGAAAGUUGUUGGUUCGCUGGAGAAGUUUCAGGUAAACUUGGAUGCCGCAACAGCAGACAUUGAUAAAGUAAGUCAAUGGUCCAGUGAAAUUCAGGUUCGCCUGAGUAAUAUGAAGAAGGUAGAAUCUGCAUUGGGAGCUGAAAUUGACACUCAUCUUUUACCCCCUACAUUAAUAAAAACAAUAUGUACUGGCGACAUGGAACAUCCAAGCUGGUCGACGGCCCUAGAGCAACUUGAGAUAUAUCUUGGAGACGAAGGAAAUGCUACCAAUAACGAGAAGUUAACGCUUUUGUCUCAUAAAGGUAGCGAGGAGCAAGAGGAACUAUGCCAAAAGCUCUGUUAUAAAGCUAUUGAAAGGAUUCGAAAUUACAUCGUUGUUACAAUCAAACUGUUUCGGCAUGGUCUUGUUGAUGUUGCAUCCAUACGAAAGCAUCGUUUUAUUGGCAAAAAAAAUUAUUAUACAUUCCUAUCGAAGCAUAACCCAUUGCUUUCUCUUGAAUUGCGUAAAGCAUACAUAAACACAAUGAACUGGUAUUAUUACUAUCACUUUUAUCACUACUCUCUACUGUUGUCUCGAGUCAACAUUCUUAAGGGUGAGCUUAUCCGUCCCGAAGAAGACAGAAAGGGUUUCUUUAUGCUUGGAAAAGGUUCAUCACAGAUUCAGUCAAGUCGGAUGUUUUCCCUGGAUUUACGUUCUCAAAACUUUGACAUCAAUUCCGUGCUAAUGGCUUCAACGGUCAACCAUAUAGAAUCUUCACCGCAAUUUUUGGAGCGUAUAUACUUUUCAUGGGAACUAGUUUUUACAGAACACGCCAGCGCUGAAUAUUUUUUCUUAUUGGAAUACUUUGAGCUUUCUACUGAAGAUCAAAAAACGACUUUUCAUUCGAUUUUUGACGGUAGCUUGCAAUUGUCUCAACAAUUUAUUACAGAUCUAAUAAGCACGAGUAUUGAUAGCAUUGCUAUUUUAAAAUGUAUUCGUUUUACCCAGGAACUAAUUUUACAAUCUCAAAAAAAUCUAGUUCCUGUUAUAGAACCUCACUAUACUUCUAUGAUCAUAUUACUUUGGCCCCGUUUACAAGCAAUCAUGGAUUUACAUUCUGAAUCAUUGCAAAAGUCUCCUCUUCCUUCUAAAUCUGACGACCUUGCCUCCACUCCCCAUCCAUUAACCCAGAGAGUUUCCGAACUGCUGUACAGUCUUGCAACACUCAGUGCGAAUUCCUUGGAAGCAGAACCUUUAACUCAUAGUGUUUCUCGAUUGUCUCACGAUUUUGUUGCUUUACUUAAUAAAUUUUGUGAGGGUAUGUCCGACGAACGAAAACGGAAUCGAUUUUUGUCUAAUAAUUUUACGCUCAUUUCAACGGUCUUAAGCGGUGCUCAUGGGAAACUGGCUUUUGACCAAAAAGCAUAUUUUGAAGAACUUAAUGAGAAAGUAAACGACUAAUGACAGUAUACCUACUAAUUCAGUAUUAAUAAAAACGUGUCUUCAUUAUUAUUAGUACUAACAUAUGGAAUAUUCUUAAACUAGUUAUAUGAAAAUUAGAAUGCUUCCUGCUAACCUUGCAUUAAAUGCUGUUAUUUAUAAACCUUAGAAGAUUUUAAGCUUGGUGCUCCUUCACAACCCGUAGGAACCCUGCGACACGGCCCAUAUCCACUUCUCCUUGUUGGCCAUCACUCUCUACUGCCUGUAAUAAACUUUCGAGUAAAGAGUCAACUUUGGUUUCUUCAACGCCAGUGCAUAAAGAUACUACUCGACGGCAUUUUGAUUUAAUAUUAGUAUUGCGAUGACGAAGAGUUUCAGCAAGGGCAUUAAGUCUUGCUUCGUUUCGUUCGUAAGCAGCGAUACGGAUCUUUAACUCAGUAAGGGACGGUAUAUUUUUAGAAUUUACCACGAAAGAUGCGUCCGCGUCGAUAUUUUCAGAUAUAUUCUCUGGAUUAAAAUUUGCAUCUAAAGCCAGUAGCUCAUUCUUUUGCUCUUCUAUUGAUACUUCUAAGUUUUUGCAUCUCUGUUUCAACUCAGAUAGCAUAAGAGAGUGAGUUUCCGAGCGCCGCAGCUGUUCCCGAAAUUCCGCCAACUUUUUUGUAGAUUCUCUCAAUUGUGUGUAUGUGUUAUCAAUCAUAGAUUGCUUCGCAGCCAUUUCGUCUUGAAAAUCUUUAUCUAAGGAUGUUAUAACAUCCGUUACUGAAGUAAUAAUGUCUUUGCUUUUUUGUUGAGCGGGCAUCACAAAUUUUUCUUUUUCUAAAUUGUUGCUCGAAACCUUGACAGUUUCCUUAAAAUCCUUUGUCUCAUCAUCACCAAAAAUUCCAAAAUCAUAAACUGUUAAACCUGCCCGAUUAGGGAUGCUUUUAGAAGCACCGGCUUGUAGCAAAAUAUCAACGACAGUCUUAUUACCGAUACGAGCUG